GAAACAACAUCCGGUUCACCCUCAGCCUUUCAGGUUGACCCGCUUUUACAGUCCUUUAGUCGCUCUAGGUGGUGAUUUUACUUUCGAUUUUAACCUAAAAAUGUUUUAUUUAGAAAAAUAUAUUCAUAUAAUACCUGGAGUCAAUUAACUGGAUAUGUAGUUUGAUCUGUAGACUCGGAAACUACUAUCACUUUGGUUUCCUUAGUUUAUGACUUCCCUGGAGAUAUUUGUUUUUUGGACAGACCAGCAUUUUUUAGGUGGAAAUCUUUGAUUUUGUACCCAGAAUGCUUCUCACUGCCCUGCUGUGUAGUUUGUUUUUAUCUGCUGUGGGUCAGCAGAUGCACGACGAGUGGCUCGACCCUUACGACAUGCUCAACUACGACCCAGGCACCAAAUCAAUGCGGAAACCUGCUGAGCCGACGUCCUACACCAACGUGGCCACCGAACGAAGAGAGUACACACAGGACUCGAGCCAGGCUGAGUUCACGUCCUGCAACCAACAAGUAGCAGAUCUGCAGGAGGAGAUUGUGGUCCAAAAGAAAACAAUAACACUCAUAUCACAACAACCUACCUGCAGUCCUGUGUUCAAGAGGUUUCUAAGCAGGCUGCUAAAGGAGAUUCACAGAGUGGGUGUGCCAACCGAUUCCACAGACAUCUUCUAUGAUGCUAAAGUCAAGCUGUCCAAACAAUCCCUGACAGAGAUCCAGUCCCUCCUGGAGGGCGAGGACAGAUGGAGAACCGGUGCUCUGGACAACGCUGUCAGUCAGAUUCUGGUGGACUUCAAAGUCCAUGAUUAUGAAGCCUGGAGGUGGCGUUUUGAAGACACUUUUGGAGUGGAAAUUGACAUGGUCUUAAAAGUUGCAGGAUUCAUUAUGAUUUUAUCGACCUUGAUCUGCACCCAGCUGUGGUCGACGGUCUCUUGGUUUGUUCAGUUCAAGAGGAUUUUCUUUGUUUGCUUCUUUGUCAGUAUUGUCUGGAACUGGCUGUAUCUGUACCAGAUUGCCUUCGCGGAGCACCAAAAGAACAUAGUGAAGAUGGAAAACUUUGACAAAAAAUGCACAGGAGUGAAGAAAAUGGACUGGAGUGAUAGUCUUAAAGAGUGGUACAGAACCACCUGGACUCUCCAAGAUGACCCCUGUGAGGAGUACUAUAAAGUUCUCCUUAUUAACCCCCUCCUCAUGGUACCUCCGACCAAGGCUAUUACAGUUACCAUCACAACCUUCAUCACAGACCCACUGAAGCACUUUGGGCAGGGAAUAAGUGAGUUCCUGCGAGCACUCCUAAAAGAUUUACCAGUUACUCUGCAGAUUCCAGUCCUCAUCACUAUUGUACUUGCCAUUUUGGUGGUCUCUUAUGGAAGUGUGCAGGCAGCCUUCCAGCAUGGCAUCAUGGCUCCUCUACGUCGCCCUCGAAGAGAUCCACCACCUCCAGAGCUGGAGCGUCCUCAACAAAGACCUCUGAGGAUCGAGGACCACGGUUACAAUGCUGGAGGGGAUGCACCUGCUCUUGCUCCUGCUCAACAGGGUGUCCAAAGACACAGAGCUGAGGAUAUCAGGUUAGACAGGAAUAGUGUUCAUCAGAGAUGUGCAAACAAGGUAGUGGAGAAGCUAGCAUCCGUAGAGACACUAAGAAGUGCAGAUCAACAUUACAGUGAGGAUGAGACCGAUGCUCAUAGACUGGAAGGAGGUCCUGCAGUAGAGGAGAAUCCCUCUGUUGAGUCAGACUCUGGAAACCAGCAGGAGGUUCAAGAGGAGGUACAAAGUGAAGGUGCUGCAGCCGAGGCCACUCACCCAAAGACCAAACAGGUGGGAGCAGGUUCGUCACAAACGAAGAACAAACCACCAAAGAAGGUGAACGAGGCACCAGAUGAACCCAGCAGAGAUGGUGCAGCAGCCGAACCUCAGUCAGCAGAAAGGCCGUUUUCACACACUGAUGCUCAGUACUGUGCCCGCACAGAUAGGAUGGUGAAGUCUUAUCAUACAGCAUAAACGGGAUCCUGAAGCCUCUACAGAAGAAGCAUCUUCUGAAUCACUAAGAUCUAUAGAGACAGUUGGAGUUCCUGUUCAGGAGACGAGGCUGAUUUAAGGGUCUUAAAGGGAAGAAAGAAUAAUAAUCAGAAGCUCUGUCAGUAUUGCUUUAUUAAUUGACAUUGUUUCUUAUAUCAGACAAUAUCUGAUGUCACGUAAUGAGCUCAAACGUGUGUCAUGAGCAAAAAGCAUCUUGAGUCUCCAGUAUGAGUGGGACUGAAGUUUAAUGAAUCCCUGGAGUCUUUGUCUUUGUUGGCGUUAUGCUGAUGUACAUUUUACAAAUAUGUGGUUCAGUGAUGAGAACAAUAACAUUAACAAUCAUAACAUUUUGUAAAUAUUGAUUUUACACAUUUACAAUAAAGAAUUUCUUUAAA